AUGUAUUUUUUUUUAUUGUAAUACAUACAAUAAAAACACAAAAUUUAUAUAUAUUUAAUUUUUAUUACAACAAAAUAUAAUGAUAUUGUUAAACUCCUGUUAUUCAUAAUUCAAAAUUAAGCAUGCUAAGAAAACGGAACACUCCCAAUUUAAAGAAAUUUAAGCCCAUAAAUUAUCAUCUGUUUUAGAAAAUUAAAUUAUUGCAAGUAAAAUUUUGUAAAGGGUUUGCUGGGUAAGAUAUUAAUCAAAUUAUUGAACUUAAUUGAAAAUAGAAUUUAAUAAAGAGAAUAAUUAUGGGGGUUGUAAAGAUAAACACAUUAAAGAAAUAGGAGGAUUAUAAAAUUAGCAAAAAUUAAGUAAAACUUAAUAAGUGUUCUUAUUUAAAAAGAAUAAUAUAAUUUAUCAAUUGAAAAUUGGAAGGCUUUUGCAAAUAUAUGUAAACUUAAUUUUUUAAUAAAAUAAAGCAAAGAGAAAGUUAAAUUCAUAAGAUAAUAUAAUUUAACAAAAUUCAGAAGAUUAUAAAUAAUUUCUGAAUAAAGGUAAUGAUGAUUAAUUAAUAUAGCAAAUAAAUUAUCAAAUUUAAAACAAUUCGCAGAAGCUUUUAAAUAUUAUGAUUAUGCAAUUUCAACAAAUCCUGAAGAUUAUAAAGGUUAUUUUUAGAAAGGUAAUCCAGUCAAUACUAAAAUAUAGCGCUUGCGUUGUAAGGUUCAAAUCGAUUUGAAGAAGCUUUGGAGUGCUACGAUUAUGCAAUUUCAAAAAAUCCUGAAGAUUAUAAACCUUUUAUGCAUAAAGGUGAAAUUGGUUUAAUUUAUAGCGCUUACGUUGCACAGUUUAAAUCGACCUCAAGCAGCUUUAGAAUACUAUGAUUAUGCAAUUUAAAAAAAUCCUCAUAUUUCUAAUAUAUAUAAUAAUAAAGGUGAAAAUAAUUGAUUAAAAUAAUUUAGCGUUUUCAUUAAAAAGUUUAAAUCGAUAUGAAGAAGCUUUAUAAAAUUAUGAUUAUGCUAUUUAGGAAAAUCCUAAAGAUGAUUUGGCUUAUUUUUAGAAAGGUGAUCAAAUCUAUAAUAAAAUAUAGCAUGUGCAUUAGUGGGUUUAAAUCGAUUUGAGGAAGCAUUAUAAUAUUAUGAUGAUGCAAUUAAACUAAAUUCUGAAAAUUAUAAUUAUUAUAGUUUGAAAGGUAAAAAUGAGUUAAUAAUUAAUAUAGCCGUUUCAUUAUAAAGUUUAAAUCGAUUUGAAGAAGCUUUAUAAUUUUAUGAUUAUUCAAUUUAAAAAAAUCCUGAAGACUAUAGCGCUUUAAUGUAUAAAGGUAACAAUAAUUCAAUUAUAUAUAGCAAAUACAUUAGAAAGUUUAAAUCGAUUUGAAGAAGCUUUAUAAUUUUAUGAUUAUUCAAUUUAAAAAAAUCCUUAAGAUUAUAGAGCUUUUAUGUAUAAAGGUAACAAUAAUUCAAUUAUAAAUAGCCAAUACAUUAAAGAAUGUUUAUAGAUUGGAAGAAGCUUUAGAAUAUUAUGACAAAGCUAUUGAAAAAAACCCUGAAGAAAUUGAUAUAUAUUAUAAUAAAGGUGAAAAUCAUAAUAGUCUAUUAUAGCGAAUACAUUAUUCAGUUUAAAUAGAUUUGAAGAAGCUUUAUCAUAUUAUGAUUAUGUAUUACUGAAAAAUAAUGAAGAUGCCGAAGCUUAUAAUAAUAAAGGUUAAAAAAAUUUAAUAACUUAAUAUAGCAAAUACAUUGUAAUUUUUAUAGAGAUACGAAGAAGCUUUAUAAUUUUAUGAUUAUUCGAUUUAAAAAAAUCCUGAAAAUUUUAUAACUUUUAAGAAUAAAGGUAAAAUGGGGUUAAUAAUAUUAUUUAGCACACACAUUACAAAUGUUAUAUAGAUUUGAAGAAGCACUGGAUUAUUAUAAUUAUGCAAUUUUAAUAAACCCUAAUGAUGCUGAUUCAUAUAACAAUAAAGGUAAAAAUGGUUUAAAUAAUAUUACAUAGCAUAGAUAUUAGACAGAUUAAAUCGAUUUGAAGAAGCGUUAUAAUAGUAUGAUUUUGCAAUUUAAAAAAAUCCAGAAGACUAUAAAGCUUUCAUGAAUAAAGGUGAAAAAGAUUUAAUAAUCUAUUAUAGCUGACACAUUAAAAAGUUUAGAUCGAUUCGAAGAAGCAAUAUAAUAUUAUGACAUGGCUAUUGAAAAAAAUCCUGAAUAUUCUGAAAUUUAUAACAAUAAAGGUAAAUCAAUUUAUAAUACAUUACAGCACUCACAUUUUAAACAUUAAAUCGAUUUGAAGAAGCGUUAUAAUAUUACGAUUUUGCAAUUUAAAAAAAUCCAGAAGAUUAUAAAGCUUUCAUGAAUAAAGGCAAGACAUUUUAAAUUAUAUAGCGAAUGUAUUAAAAAGUUUGAAUAGAUUAGAAGAAGCUUUAUAAUAUUAUGAUUUUGCAAUUUAAAAAAAUCCUGGAGAUUAUAAAGCUGUCAUGAAUAAAGGUAAAAAAGAUUUAAUAAUCUAUUAUAGCUGACACAUUAAAAAGUUUAGAUCGAUUUGAAGAAGCAAUAUAAUAUUAUGACAUGGCUAUUGAAAAAAAUCCUGAAUAUUCUGAAAUUUAUAACAAUAAAGGUAAAUCAAUUUAAAACAUUACAGCAAUCACAUUUAAAAUAUUAAAUCGAUUUGAAGAAGCGUUAUAAUAGUAUGAUUUUGCAAUUUAAAAAAAUCCAGAAGAUUAUAAAGCUUUCAUGAAUAAAGGUGAAAAAGAUUUAAUAAUCUAUUAUAGCUGAAACAUUAAAAAGUUUAUAUCGAUUUGAAGAAGCAUUACAAUAUUAUGACAUGGCUAUUGAAAAAAAUCCUGAAUGUGCGGAUAUUUAUAACAAUAAAGGUAAAUCAAUUUAUAAUACAUUACAGCAAUCACAUUUAAAAUAUUAAAUCGAUUUGAAGAAGCGUUAUAAUAGUAUGAUUUUGCAAUUUAAAAAAAUCCAGAAGACUAUAAAGCUUUCAUGAAUAAAGGUGAAAAAGAUUUAAUAAUCUAUUAUAGCUGAAACAUUAAAAAGUUUAUAUCGAUUUGAAGAAGCAUUCCAAUAUUAUGACAUGGCUAUUGAAAAAAAUCCUGAAUAUUCUGAAAUUUAUAACAAUAAAGGUAAAUCAAUUUAUAAUACAUUACAGCACUCACAUUUUAAACAUUAAAUCGAUUUGAAGAAGCGUUAUAAUAUUACGAUUUUGCAAUUUAAAAAAAUCCAGAAGAUUAUAAAGCUUUCUUGAAUAAAGGUAAGACAUUUUAAAUAAUAUAGCAACUGCAUUUUUGAGUUUGAAUAGAUUAGAAGAAGCAUUAUAAUAUUACCAUUUUGCAAUUUAAAAAAAUCCUAAAGUUUCUGAUAUAUGUAAAAAUACUUUAGGCAAAAAAUAUUUAUAAUAUUAUAUAGCAAAUAGAUUAAGUUAAAAUCGACUUGAAGAAGCAUAUAAAUAUUAGGAUUAUGAAAAUUAAAACAAUAUUGAAGCUUUAAUAAAAAAUAGUAAGAAUACUUUAAGAUUAAAGAUAAACUGAAUUAAAAAUCUAAUUAUUUUUCAACUGAAAACCACC